AUGGUCAAUUUUCAUUGCCCAAAUGUUUCAUCUGCUACCCAUGAUCCAUACCAUUUACUACAACAACUAAAGCCACCAAGACAAAACGAUGCUCUCCAUAUGCCAUCAAGUCAAGCUGCUCACUGUGCCGCCUAUCACUGCAAUGACAAGACUACUCCAAUACGCAUUGUCGUAUCUACAUCUAUACAAAAACAAGCCAUACUCUUAUCUCUGCUGCCUAUUAUUCAAUCCAAUGUUUAA